UUCUCGAGCAUUCCAGUUACCAUCCACGUCGUCUGAUUGCUCCUUGACACUCGACGCCCUUAACGACGAAGGGCGCGCGAACGAUGCUCUACUCGACGCCCUCGACGGCUAAUUGGCACCUUGUGCGCUGUUGUCUCUCCAGACAGCUCAAGCAGGUUAAUGAUUACCGCUAUUUUCACUCAUCCCUCACCCGCUCAUCGUCAUUGACACCAUAUGGAUCACUCUUCGUCGGCGUCCCACGUGAGAUUUAUCCUGGUGAACGACGGGUCGCUCUUACGCCACAAAAUGCUGCUUUGCUCAAGAAGAAAGGAUUUUCAAAUGUGCUUGUGGAGCGAAAUGCAGGAGCAGAAGCCCAGUUCCUCGAUGAACAAUACUCUUCUGCUGGAGCUACGCUGGUUUCACGGGAGGAAGUGUUUAAAGCUUCGGACAUAAUGCUCAAAGUGAGGCCACCCUUGCUAGAUCAAGAGGCAAAUCUUCUCAAAGAAGGAAGCUCGGUCAUUUCUUUCUUAUAUCCGACACAAAAUAAAGACAUUGUGGAUUUGCUUGCUUCUCGGAAAGUAAAUGCUUUCGCUAUGGAUAUGGUACCUCGUAUUUCUCGCGCUCAGGUUUUCGAUGCUUUGAGUUCUAUGGCAAACAUCGCUGGUUAUAAGGCUGUUUUAGAGGCUUCCAAUCACUUUGGUAGAUUUUUGACUGGGCAAGUCACUGCGGCUGGGAAGAUACCCCCAGGAAAGGUUCUUGUAAUCGGCGCCGGAGUUGCAGGAUUAAGUGCGAUCGCAACUGCUAGACGUCUGGGUGCUAUUGUUAGAGGCUUCGACACGCGUUCUGCAGCAAGAGAACAAGUUCAGUCACUUGGCGCGGAGUUCAUCGAAGUGCCAGUGAAUGAGGAGGGCGGUGGCGGUGGCGGCUACGCAAAAGUCAUGUCGAAGGAAUUCAUCGAAGCGGAAAUGGCUCUCUUCAUGGAGCAAUGUAAAGAUGUCGACAUCGUAAUCACGACGGCCUUAAUUCCUGGGAAGCCUGCACCCAAACUGAUAACCCACGAAAUGAUUGCUGCCAUGAAGCAAGGGUCGGUGAUUGUUGACCUUGCAGCCGAAGCUGGAGGUAACUGCGAGGCGACGAAACCUGGUGAAUUGAUGGUUCAAAACGGCGUCAAAAUCAUCGGCUACACGGAUUUACCCUCCAGGUUACCGACACAGUCUUCAACUCUUUACUCUAAUAACAUCACUAAGUUCCUGCUCUCUCUUGGUCCUGGUGAUGGGAAAUUUGCGAUUGACCUUGAAGACGAAGUCGUACGUGGGUCUAUUAUAGUGCACGGUGGAAAAAUCUUGCCUCCCGUUCCUCGAACACUGCCUCCUCCUGUGGCCCCACCUACAAAUGAAAAAGCUGAAGAAAUUGCCGCUACAAAGGCUAUCACCCCGUUCCAGAAAGCAGCUCGUGAGGUUGCAACAGUAACUGCUGGAAUGGGAGGUGUUGUCGCGCUCGGCAAGGCCACAGGUGUUUCCUUUAUGGACAAUUUCUUCACAUUCGGACUGGCUGGAUUGGUUGGAUACAGAACCGUUUGGAACGUUGCCCCCGCACUGCACUCUCCAUUGAUGUCCGUGACGAACGCUAUAUCCGGAAUGGUCGGUAUCGGUGGACUUUUUGUGAUGGGUGGAGGAUAUUUCCCUGGCACUAUUCCUCAAGCACUUGGUGCCUUGUCUGUGCUUUUGGCUAGUGUCAAUGUCGCAGGUGGUUUUAUCAUAACAAAGCGCAUGCUGGAUAUGUUUAAACGGCCGACCGACCCACCGGAAUACUCUUGGCUCUAUGGCAUCCCUGCUGUCGUGUUUACAGGAGGAUUUUUGACUGCUGCAAGCACCGGAAUGGGCGGUCUUGUUCAAGCUGGGUAUCUGGCUAGCAGCGUUCUGUGCAUAGGAUCUCUUUCUGGUCUCGGCUCCCAAGCCACAGCUCGUCAAGGCAAUGCUCUUGGAAUGUUAGGUGUUGGUUCCGGAAUUCUCGCGUCGUUGGCUGCAGUCGGCUUUCCUCUUGAGGUGUUGGCGCAAUUUACCACCGUGGCUGCGAUCGGUGGAACUAUCGGUACGCUCAUUGGCAAGAGAAUAACUGCUACUGAGCUGCCGCAGAUGGUCGCUAUGCUCCAUAGUGUAGUUGGUCUCGCCGCAGUCAUGACGAGUAUUGCCAGUGUAAUGGCCGACCUCACUGAUGUAUCAACCCUUCAUCUUGUGACUGCUUACUUGGGUGUCGUCAUUGGUGGAAUUACGUUCACUGGAUCUAUUGUCGCCUUCAUGAAGCUGGCAGGACGGAUGGGUUCGAAACCGCUGGCUCUGCCUAAAAAGCACCUGAUUAACAGUGGCAUUCUUGGUGCCAAUGCGCUGACUAUGGCAGGUUUUGUUACCAUGGCUCCUGCUGCACCCGUCGUAGCCGCCUCAUAUCUCGGAUUAAGUACGCUACUUAGUUUUGUUCAAGGGUUUACAACCACUGCCGCCAUCGGUGGUGCCGAUAUGCCCGUCGUCAUUUGCGUACUCAAUUCAUAUUCUGGAUUCGCGCUAGUUGCAGAGGGCUUUAUGUUGGAUAAUUCACUCCUGACGACGGUAGGAUCGCUUAUUGGCGUCAGCGGUUCUAUUCUUUCAUACAUCAUGUGCGUUGCGAUGAAUCGUUCGUUAACGAAUGUUCUGUUUGGCGGUAUUGGCUCUACUGCGCCAUCGUUCGAAGCUCAAAAGAUCGAAGGCGUGAUAACCAAAACUAACGUCGAUGAUACGGUGGAGGCAUUGAAUAAUGCCGACAACGUGAUAUUGGUGGUUGGUUAUGGAAUGGCUGUAGCCAAAGCACAAUAUGCCAUCUCCGAGAUUUGUUCAUUGCUUCGGGCGAAAGGAGUUAAUGUUCGGUUUGCGAUCCAUCCCGUGGCCGGAAGAAUGCCGGGGCAGUGUAACGUCCUCCUUGCAGAGGCAGCUGUUCCCUACGAUAUUGUCUUGGAAAUGGACGAGAUCAACGACGACUUCAAGGAUACCGAUGUUACUUUGGUGAUAGGCGCCAAUGACACUGUAAAUCCGAUCGCACUUGAGCCCGGUUCAGCUAUUGCGGGUAUGCCCGUCUUGCAUGCUUGGAAGAGCAAGCAGGUCAUCGUCAUGAAGAGGGGAAUGUCCAGUGGUUACGCUGACGUUCCAAACCCAAUGUUCUUCAUGCCUGGAACGAAGAUGCUUUUCGGCGACGCCAAGGAUACAUGUGAAGCUAUAAAACGGGGUCUCGAAGCAAGGGGGUAGUGAUGUGACAAACAGAAUUGGCCAGUAGAACCUAGGCUAUGACAACGAAUAGGAUGUGCCACUCGGUACAUUGAUUUGACACCUACAAUUUGUACUGAUAAUUAUUUGGAUUUCGCUGAAAUUAUUGACCACUUCGGUGUCCGGACCGAUUUUCCG